UGUGGUCGAAUUUGUUGUUUCUUCUCAUGCAAGCCUUUGAAAUUACUCAUCAAUUUACUUACACCAACUUCUUUCUGAAGGAAAUAGAAAAUUGUGACGAAAAGAAUGUGUCUGGAUUCUUUUUUGAUAUACGCAAUGAAGGGAGGCGGCAAUUUUUGGACUGUAACAUCAUGAUUCCGAAACCUGUCGACGAAACCGUUAGGCUUGUGUUGGACAUCGAAUCGACUCUGGAUGAAAGGAUCUACACCAGACUCUUCACUGUACGUGACAAAAAUGCUUGCGCGGCAAUGCACAAGUAUAUAGGGGAGUUUUUCUAUGCUCUUGAAAGGAGCGGUGGAUUGACUCCCGGCGUUUGCCCCAUAAGAAAGAAAAGGCUUCGCAUUCGAAACCACUACCUGGAUUUUUCAAAGGUUGCCCUCCAAACUUUUCCAUUUGGACAUUUGCGGAUUACUACCACCUUACGUGAUAGUGAAAAUAACGACGCUGUUUUAUUUUGCAUGAAAUUGUAUGUCGAAAACGUUCUAAAUUAACUUACACUAACUUGCGAUGAUAAUUGCUAAAUGUACCUUUAAGGACAUGCUUCGAUAACGUCUCUUUGCCAUCACAAUUACCACAAAAAGACCUUAAAUCCUAUGAAAUACUUUUAAAGGCUCGUAUAAGGUCCA